CAGCAUGCUUCCUGUACUCAUGCUCAAGCAGGCAUACAAUUCACAACCCUGUCUUUAUUUAUGCUUUCAUGUCAUUUUGUUUCAUCGCUACAAAAGAGUUUAUUUUAUGCCGGCUGGCCGAAAGAUUGCAUCUUCAAAAAACAACAGGUCGAAUGUAAAAGCUCAUUAUGAUUCACGUGAAGUUUACAAUCUUCGGAAUAUGCCUGCCAAUUCGAACGUAGCAUCACCGACUUCGUCCUCCUUAACUACAAGAGUUAGCACUCUAAACAAACCGCUUAUUUAUCAUCGAGAUCAUCCUAUGACUCCCGUUUUUACAGCUCUUGGUUUUGAAUUCUUUUAUUUGGUUUACGGACUUAUCGCAUUGCUCAGUCAGUAUGUGAAUAUUUACCAAAUGAACUAUCACUUGAUUAAUUACCAAGAAGUUCUGGUCAUUGCUCUCUUCCUUAUGAGAAGAGUUGGAUGGAUUGUUUUUAAGCAGAUUGUGCUGAUCAAGGAGAUGACAUCAGUGUGGAUUGUUUGUUCUGCGCUUCUCAAAGGACUUAUUCUGGUGCUUGUAAUGGCUGCAUUCAUGAUACUGAUGUUGCAGCUGUACCGAACCACGUCGCUUGUGAAUAUCUUACUCUUCAUUUAUCCAACAAUGACCUAUCUUUGGGUGUUUGGUUUCACGAUGGAGCUAAAGCUAAAGAAAGUACUUCCUAAAGUCAUACAUCAAGGAUGCGUGCCGAGGAACAAAGUCUUGUCGAGUGAUUCGGGAAGCAGUUGUCAGGCUGACAACGAAUUGCGUUUCAAUCAACGCCAUUGUUCGGUAUCUCCGGACGUCGUACGGUCGGAAGCCGAAGGACACAGACUGGAUUUCAAUUUCAAAAUCAAAAGAGUCCUCUUUCAGUCAUUUAUAUGCGCGUAUUACGUCGGCUUUAUUCCGAUGAGAUUUUCAAAGCGUUUCUACGUCUACUAUGACGUAUGGUGGUCCUGUCAGCAUGUUGUCCUUGUUUGGAUCGGCUCCAUGAUUCUUCUCAUGAAGUAUUUUGUUCCAUUACAUUAUUGCUACUCGCUUAGUAAGUGCGCUGUGCAUCUCGGAGCGUGGGCCGAGCACGAAGAAGAGGAUGAAACACUGAGCAAUCACAGAGAUUGGUCAGCAUUGACAAGUUGGCCCCAGGACGUCGUCGUGAAUUACAAGAAUAGAAGGCUUUACAAGUCGUUAGGAAUACAAAAUGUUGCCGAUCCAGGAGAUGUACAUCAUUGGAGAUUUUACUUCGUAUUUCAAACACCAACUCGUCUCAUCAACUGGCUGCUAUUCGUCUUGUGUAUCGUCAUUUUCUAUCAACUGGUCAUGCUAUAUAGAUUUCCACUGUGGCACGAAGUCGUCUCAUUGUGCCUGCUGCUCUUGUUAAAUUACAUUGUCCUAUUUAAAUUACUCCGUGAUCGCUGGGUUGCCAUGGCAAUGGAAUUGAAGCAUACUUAGUGCGAGUCUGGUAUUUUUUGCAAUUGUUACUAAUUAUUUAAAGGUUUUUAUGAGCAAUAAAUUAAACAAAACAA